GUUGUACUGGCAUUCCUUGACGGUUCUUGCAUGUUUAGUCUUGGUUCUAAAAUCUUGAUGCUAAUGACAGCACGGACAUAUGGCUCUCGCAUCCAAGAUAAGCACUUUCGUCCCGAUUCACCAACACUUCGGCCUACAGUUACCUCACACAUUAUCCGUGCAUGUGGAUUUCCCAGGAGGACGAGGUAUUACAGUGGAAGCGGCAGGUUUUGGAACAAAUGCCACAUCUGGACGUACACAAGCACUAGGAGCUGUUUCAACCCUAUUUCCACCAGGCACAUAGUGAAGAACUUGACCAGUGACUACUAUUGGGGGAUUAUCAACAACGCCAUUAUUAGGAACUUCAAAAAAAUUUUGAAGUCGGGUAAUAAUAUCCCCAUGUACAGCUGAAGUCAUAUCAAUUAUAUACACUUCGCCAGUUGUAUUGUCACUGUUUAAUUGAAACCGGAACUUGUAUCCACUUGAUCCGUAAUUGUGAAGGAAGGUGUUAUAAUUUUUGAUCGUUACUUUAGAGCCAAUGUGGAGAGGCAAACUGCUCUCUGUUACCGA